AUGCGGGCUCUAUGGCUUCCAGUCCUGACUUUCUUAUUGCACAUCUCGAUAACAGUUCCGACCUCGAUCAAAUUAGUACCUAGCGGUGGCAAUGCUGGUCGAGUGGAGGUGUACCAUAGUGGAUGGGGCACCAUUUGUGACGACACGUUUAGACACAAUGAGGCAAUGGUGAUCUGCCGGAUGCUGGGAUACAAUCUAGUUGUAGCCAAGGCAUACGGAGAAGCCUAUUUCGGCUCGGGAGUUGGGACCAUUUGGAUGGAUUCCAUUAAGUGUCUCGGGAACGAAACUGAUAUAGCUAAUUGUCACUUUGAUGGGUGGGGAAAGCAUGACUGCAGUCACAGUGAGGACGCUGGGGUGAGAUGUUCUGAACUACACAUUCGACUAGUAGGUGGAAGUAAUCCUCAUGAGGGACGCUUGGAGGGACAGAACUCGGCUGGGACGUGGGGUGAAAUUAUCACCACUGGAAUAACAAGCAGAAUUGCCCAGGGUUUAUGUUCUGUACUGGGGCUGGGUUCGGCGGCUGCCAAGAUCGUUGACGGGACAAAGUUCGUUCAGGGUGUUAGCAAUCAGUUUGAAGUCAACUUGACCUGCAUCAUCGAUAACACAUGCGCUACAGACCCCUUCACCACAGCUCACGGCACUCCCCUUGGCAUACAAUGUUCUUACACACCAAUUAGACUGGUAGAUGGAAAGUUUCCUCUAGAGGGCAGGGUGGAGGUCUUACACAAUGGCAUAUGGGGAACCUUGUGUGGUGAGCACUUUACAACGCAUGACGCUAAGACGAUCUGCACUUCUUUAGGAGUGGACAUGAGUCAUCAGAACCCUACAAUUUUCAGUAAUGGACAAUUUGGAAAAGGCACUGGACCGUCGUGGUUAUCAAAUAUGCAAUGUACUGGAAAUGAAAAAGAUAUUGGAGAAUGUAGGAAUGUGACAUGGACGUAUAACACAUGUGCUUCAGAAAAUCCGGCGGCACUGUCCUGUCCGUCAACCAAUAUCCGCUUGGAAGGUGGCGUUGGACCCUGGGAAGGUCGAUUGGAAGUAUUUCACUCCGGCCGCUGGGGAUCAGUGUGUAGUCAAGGAUUCGAACAGCCGGAAGCGGAUGUCGUGUGCAGAAUGCUGGGAUAUGAUCAUAGAGACACAGUUGCUGAAAUACUGCCAAACUCCUAUUUCAACCAUCUUCCCAGUCAAGAUAUAUUACUUGAUCAACUUAAUUGUUCGGGAUCGGUAGCUGAUAUUUCAUUUUGCCGGACAAAAGACUGGGGUGUCACCAACUGUUCACGUUCGCAGGAAGUGGGCGUCCGAUGUCAAACAAAGAACGUGCGUCUUGUUGGUGGAUCGCAUUCUUUAGAAGGUCGAGUAGAGGUCAAGAUCAAUGGAUCAUGGGCGACCAUCUGUGAUGAAAAUUGGGAUGACCUUGAUGCAACCACAGUGUGUCGUAUGUUACUUCAGUACCCGAUUGAUGGAGACGUCAUAGGAAAGGCGUAUCCUGGCGGGAAGUUCGGACGAGGUGUAGGACAAAUAGGACUAUCUAACGUACAAUGUAAUGGCUCCGAAGAGGAUAUAUUAUUCUGUCAGGCUAAUGGACAAAGACGCGUCAAUUGUGAUCAUGCUAGAGACGCGGGCGCUGCAUGUUAUGUUGACUACAACACAACGCUACUGGACAGUACAAAUAUCAGGAAUGACAAAGAAGGCAGCAUUCACAUCUCGGGAAAUGCAAUAUGUGAUGAAAAUUGGGACGAAAAUGACGCUAGAUCUGUUUGCCGUUCAUUAGGCUACUGGAGCAGCUCUCCAACAGUGUACAUGGACAAUUGGUUCGGGUCCUCCUCAGGAGGUGGGAAUAAAAUAUCUCCUCUAUGUCGUGGCAACGAGGACAAUCUGGCAUUUUGUCCUCUGGCAAAGGAGUGGGGUAAGGACACGUGCUCCACUGGUGACAUCGCUGGAGUCCGGUGUAACCCAGCACCAAUGGGCUAUCAUCGUGUAAAGCUGGUGGAUGGGGACCAGCCCGGUCGGGGUCGUGUAUUAGUUAAUUACAAUAACAACUGGGGAUAUGUGUGUAGUCACGGAUGGACACAACAUGACACGGUAGUUGUAUGUAGGAUGUUACGAUAUAGAUCUUACAACAUGACAUCCACUGCAUUAGCCCAAGGGGAAAAUGCUAUUCUUGUUGGGGAAAUAGACUGUCGCGGGAACGAAAGUGACAUCGGACUGUGUAAAGCUGACCUAGAUAAAUCUAACUGUACUGACAUGGUGGUGGGACUCGAUUGUACAGACAAUGUUAAAGCGCGCCUGGUGAACGGCUCGUCUGUCCUUGACGGGCGUCUCGAGGUUCUGAAAAACGGACAGUGGGGCGUGGUGUGUAGCAGUGCCGUAGACACCACUACUGCUGAGGUUUUUUGUAGCAUGCUUGGCUACAGCAAUACAAAGCCAAUUAUUAACACAUUUACUGAUGGAGCGAGUCACGUGUCUGUCAACCAGAUCGCAUGUGAAGGGUGGGAAGACCACAUUGGUCAGUGUGUACACAUGUCAGGCACUGGGUCCAGAUGUAAUAAUACAUAUGUCAACUUACAGUGUUUCAAUUGCUCUACCAGGUAUUCAACAGAGAGAGGUGAAAUUCACUCGAUGAACUACCCCCAGAAUUACGACAACAAUGCUGACUGCAUGUACAUGAUCACGCCCCCGUCUAACGGAAUGUACGGACUCGUUAUACAGGAUCUAACCAUGAACGACGACGAAGACUUUAUAGAUAUCCGGGGGCAGCCGAAUGGCCCUAGUCUUGGAACGUUCUCACAUGGCGGUGAAUUUCCUGUAAUACCGGGCCAGAAAUUCUACGUGAGAUUUCAGACCAACGGAUCAGGAACUGAAAAAGGAUUCAGAAUAACAUGGAAACCUCUGACGAUAGAGGAUGCAAUGACCUUGAAUUGUGGCACCACCACCUGGAACGCCGUGGUCAAUAUGACUAUACUGAGGUCGCUGUACCCGGAUGCUGGCGUGUCUGAUAUCUAUCUCGCCGUCCAAUCAUGUACAGGCACAGUCGUGGAUGACCUGGUCGUAUUUCAGCAGUCUUACACAGACUGUUCAUCCUUCAAGACAACGACGGACACUGACAUCAUUUAUCACAACCAGUUAGUGUAUCCGAACUCGGCCACACCCUUCCCUGUUAUCGUGCACGGGUAUCGGUGGCGUGUGGAUAUCAGUUGUAAUGUAAAUCGUCAGACCAACGUAACCCAAAGCUACAUACCGACUGCACCGUCCGUCACACAGACAAUUGACACCGGUCAUCAUCACCUCUCCGGGUCUUCCAACUAUGACAUACAUCUAACAUUUUAUCAGGAUUCAGGUUUCUACCAGGCGAUACAGGGAAAUCCUAUCACCACACACAUUGGGGACAAUGUGUAUGUAAAAGUCGAUGUCAACACGAAUGACCCAGAAGUAAAAAUGAGAUUGGAUACAUGCGUUGCAAAGCCGACCGCAGAUGCCGGGCCAGAUCUGACCUACCCUCUCAUACAAAACGGAUGUGUUGUUGACCAGGAUACCACAAUACUCUCCCAAGGUUCCCACGAAACAAAGUUUUUCUUCAAUGCGUUUGAAUUUCCGGCUAAUCACCUCUCGGUCAUUGUGUCAUGUAAUGCUACUUACUGUAGGACGGAUGAACUUUCGUCUCGUUGUUUACAGACGUGUCAUGCGCGAAGAUCGAAUGAUGUUACCAUGGUCACAAGAACGAACUUAAACAAACUCAUAAAUAUCUACAGUUCAUCUACAAAUUUCAAGAAGGCUAACAACCUGAAAUUCGUGUCGCCUAUUCUUAAUUCAUCGUAA